AUGAAAAAUAUUCCCUUGGAUAUUGUCGACAUCAGCGAGAUCAACAAACCCACAGCCCUUGCACUUCUUGAGGCUGCAAAAACACAAGGCUUUCUUUUUGUCAAGGGCCACUCGUUCUCGAAAGAUGAACUAGACACAACUUUCAAGCUUGCUGAGUCCUUCUUCAAGUUACCCUACGAAUACAAGUCGAAACAUGAAAUUGAUGAAUUCAACCAUGGCUACACAGCCAGCGGCAUGGAGACUUUGGACCCUGGGACCCUGAAGAAAGGUGACCCAAAGGAGGCUUUCAAUAUUGGAGGUUUUGAUUUUGUCCUGGGAGAAACCAAGAAACACCUUCCUGAUUGGUUUGAUCAGGACCCUCUGAGACGUAGGCACAUCAGCACGCUUGCAAAGAAAAUGUAUGCCACAACUUUACGUCUUUUGAAGCUUCUUGCUAUUGCUUUAGAAAUCGAGCCAGAGGACUCGGUUGACGGGUCGAAGUGGUUCGAGUCAAGAUACGAUGCUUCCCAGGAAUCUGGCAGCACUUUGAGAUUCUUACACUAUCCCAGCCCCAACGAUGACAGUCCCGAAGUCAAGAUCCGUGCUGGUGCUCACACUGACUACGGGUCAAUGACUUUGCUUUUUCAACAGGAGAACCAGGAGGGAUUGGAGAUUUACUCCCCAGUGACGAAGAAGUGGGAAGCUGUUCCGUAUGUUGGUUCUGAUAACGAAGCCGAGGGAGCUCCAAUUAUUGUCAAUAUUGGUGAUCAGCUUUCCUUCUGGACAGCUGGUUUACUCAAGUCUACCAUUCACAGGGUCAAAUUCCCUGAAGGUACACGCAACAAAGACAGAUACUCUGUGGUGUUUUUCAGCCACCCCAAUGACGCUACAGAAUUGUGUCCCGUGCCAUCCCCGAUCAUAAGAGCCAGAAAUGGACGUGGGCCUCAAAAGGCUGGCAAAGUGCUUACAGCUAGGGAACACUUGGAUCAUCGCCUUGCUGUCGCUUACGGAAAAGCUGUGGAGCUGACUUAA